GACAGAGGAUUGGUGGAUUCGGAUGAUGGAGGAUGGGUGUCUCUCUUCUGUCCUCACUGCACAUUAAGAUAAGGACACACACACCACAAACACCCAUAACUACACAACUGACCAGUCAAACCAUUGAUGGCUCCAAUGCCGGAAAACACUUGCAUGGCAGAGAAGAAAAGCCCCUUGGAAGAAGACAAAAAGACGAAAGCUAAGAAAAGCAAGGGUCAAACAUGGGCUAAGGAGGGUCCACGGGACCCUUUUGAAAUGCUUGACUCUCUUCCUGAAGAGAAGCAACAGGAGAUUCAGAAAGCCCUGCACCUGUUUUCUCUGGGACAGGGGCCUCCAAAGACCCUCCAGGAGGCUCGUGGACACAAAUAUAACUUUUGGGAUACCCAGCCAGUCCCUAAAAUAGAUGAGGAAGUGACAUCACAAGGGUCGAUAGAAUCAGAGCGGUCCAAUGUUCGUGAGGCACCCUAUUCACUCCCACAGGGCUUCAUUUGGGACACCCUUAACCUGGACAAGCAGGAGCAGGUGAGAGAACUCUGUGACUUCCUGAAUGAAAACUACAUAGAUGAAGAUGACAACACACUUCGCUUCCAUUACUCUCCGCAGUUCUUGCUCUGGGCUCUUUGCCCUCCUGGUUGGCAGUCACAAUGGCAUUGUGGAGUCCGGGUAAACUCGAGUCAAAAACUAGUGGGAUUUAUAAGUGCUGUUCCGUCCACUGUUCAAAUAUUUGACACAGAGAUGAAGAUGGUGGAAGUAAACAUCCUGUGUGUGCACAAAAAGCUUCGCUUUAAAAGAGUAGCACCAGUCCUGAUCAAGGAGAUCACCAGACGGGUUCAUAAACAGGGUAUAUUUCAAGCGAUCUACAGCACCAGUGCAGUUCUGCCAAAGCCCAUUGCAAGCUCCAGGUCCUGGCACAGAUCUCUGAACCCACGCAAGCUGAUUGAGCUAAAUUUCUCAUCUUUGACAAAUAAAAUGACCCUGCAACGCGCCAUCAAGUUAAACCGGCUUCCUGAGACAACAAAAACCGCAGGCCUACGCCCCAUGAUCGAACAGGAUGUACCCAUGGUUCAUGAGCUUCUGAGAGAACAUCUAAAAGUUUUUCAUCUCUCUCCUGUUCUGACUCAGGAGGAUGUUCAACACUGGCUCUUGCCUCAAGACUCUGUAAUUGAUACAUACGUUGUAGAGAACAUAAAUGGUCCCGUUACUGACUUGGUGAGUUUCUACACACAACCCUCAUCGGUUCUGAACCACCCUGUGCAUAAAAGCCUGAAGGCAGCUUGUGCUCUCUACUGUAUCAGCAAGGCCACCCCACUCCAGCAGCUAAUGGAGGAUAUCCUUAUCAUCUGUAAAGCAAAGGGGUAUGACGUGUUCUCUGCAAUGGAUAUAAUGGACAAUAACACGUUUUUGGAGUCACUCAAGUUCAGAAUAGGAGACGUGUGCAAACAGUAUUACCUCUACAACUGGAGAUGUCCUGACAUAGCCACAGACAAGGUGGCCAUUGUGCUGAAGUAAUGCUGUUUUUGUGCCACAACCUACUGCCGCCAGAGGUCGCUUCUUCCCCAUAAAAAUCAACACAUUACCCUUCUCUAAAAAGGUUGUUCGAGUUUAAAUAACCUAGAUAAAUAGCUUUAUUUUAUUGAUUUGAUAAGUAUAAGGCUUUUUCUGCAACCGUGAUCAUUAAAUUGUAUCA